GGCCUCAGGUAUGCAUUUCUGGGUGAAAACUCAACCUACCCUGUCAUUUUGAACUCUGAGUUGGAACCUGAACAAUUGAAUGCAUUGCUUGUUGGAUUGAGGAAGUACAGGAAAGCCAUUGGCUACACUCUUGAUGAUAUCAAGGGAAUAUCUCCUGAUUUAUGCAUUCAUAGGAUUCAUUUAGAGGGUGAAAGUAAGUCUAGCAUUGAGCCUCAAAGGAGAUUGAGCCCCAAUCUAAAGGAAGUAGUGAAGAAAGAGAUCCUCAAGUUGCUUGAUGCUGGGAUAAUCUAUCCCAUUAGUGAUAGCACUUGGAUAUCUCCAGUUCACUGCGUCCCAAAGAAAGGGGGAAUCACUGUCAUAAAGAAUGACAAAGAGGAGCUUAUUCCCACUAGAACAAUAGUGGGGCAUCGCAUGUGCAUAGACUAUAGGAAGUUAAAUUCUCUAUCUAGAAAGGAUCAUUUCCCUCUUCCCUUCAUUGAUUAG